CGGUCUCGGCCCCGCCCACCGCGCUGUGUUGGGGCUGGUUCCCGAGUGGGCACACCGGAGCUGCGCUUGCGGCGCGCCAUGGCCGGGCUGUUGACGCUGCUUGGCCCGGCGGGAAGAGUGACUACCCGGCUGCGGCCCCUGGCCCCUUGGCUCCUGGGAACCGCUACCUCCUGUGCUCCACCGCUCUGGGCCUUGGCCUUGUCCCGCCCCGGUCCGGACGCCCGACUGCUGCGCACGGCCCGCGGAGACUGUCGCAGCCACCAGGAGCCCAACAGGACCCCUGAGCCAGGAGGCGGUGUCACCGGCACAGAGAAAAAGCUAAGCAGAGCACGGCAGCUGAAGAAGGUUUUCCAAGAGUACGGGGCCGUGGGCGUGUCGGUGCACAUUGGGAUCUCCCUGGUCUCCUUGGGGAUAUUUUACACAGUUGUUUCCAGUGGCAUAGACAUGUCUGCAAUCCUGCUUAAACUUGGCUUUAAAGAGUCGCUGGUGCAGUCCAAAAUGGCAGCAGGCACCAGCACGUUCGUGGUGGCCUAUGCCAUCCAUAAGCUGUUUGCUCCCGUUCGGAUCAGCAUCACCUUGGUCUCUGUGCCCUUCCUCGUCAGAUACUUCCGCAGCGUGGGGCUCUUUAAACCUCCAGCCGCCAAGCCUUGACGCCAGUGCCUUCUGAUCUGUAGGAUUGGGGCUGUGUACAAGGUGGUUUUCCUUUCUGGUGGGGGAAGGGAGGGGCAGAGGCGAAUGGCUACGUUCCCUAUGGGUUGGUUUUACUUUUACCAGCAAACAUCUGGUGUUUUAAUUUACUUUUUUUUUUAAAAAUGCUGUUUCUCAUGUACAUGACUUAAAAUGUCACCAAGGCAUCAAAAUGAGUUGACAGCCAGGCCUGGUAGUACAGGCCAGUGAAGCCAGCUGCUCUGGAGGCAGAGGCAGGAGGAUCUCAAAUUCAGGUCUGCCUGAGCUACUUAUUAGUUCAGGGUUCGCUUAACAAUUUACAAGACUGUGUUUUGUCACCAGUGAGAGAGGGCUGAGGCCAUUACUCACCUGGUACAGACGGCCCAAAUGCAAUCCCCAGCACAAAAAGAGACUGCCUACAAAUUGUUCCUCUAGAUCACUGGGGCAGAGGUGCUGUCUGCAAAGCCCCCCAGGGGCCAACCUUUGCUUGGGUUCUUAAAAAGCAGUGGUUAAUUUGCUGGCUUUUCAAACCCUGCCUGCCCUGGUUUGCCUUCAGUUUAAUAUACAGUAUUCAGCAGACAGCUGCCGGCGCUACAACGAGUGAGGCGGAAAUUAACAGUCCAUAAUCAUGAUCCACAUUAACAUCAAGCCCUUGACAUCCACAGCACUUGCUUUGGGGAAAGCAGGCCAAGAAUUUGUCACAUGCCCCAUCCACUUCGAGGCUGGAUGGGACGGGGCUCCAAGUCAGCGAUUUCAUUGAUACUGGGCAGUAUUGUUUGUAAAAUACAGAAACACUGCCCAGUUGCGAUGUCGUCACUGGGCUCCUGAUGCCCAUAUCCUGGGGACCUCAGAUACUGCCAUAGAAGCUAAAAGCACCCUAGCUUUCUUAGACAAUCCGCUUAGCUAUCUGAAACUUGAGGCAUUCCAGACCUGAUAUGUUUACAAUGUACCACUGAAUUUUUUAAAAUUGAAUUAAUCAGAUGCAUAAAAUAUUUGUACCAGUUUCGGGGGGGGGGGAUCGGGAGGGGGAAAGGAGGAAAAUAUUGCUUGUUUUAACUGUAAAGAAACCAAGAAAUAAUACAAGCUGGGGAGAAGA